UAUCCAGCUCUUAAGAAAAUGCACAAGAAAAUGUUCGUGUUCUUUCUUCUGCUUGAAAUAGUAGUAGGCCAGUAAUUUUGACGUUUGAUAAUGCACCGUGAAUAGUAAACAAUGGCAGAAGAAGAGCGGUAAAAAGUAAACAAAAGAAACAAUCUUUUGCCUAUGACCAAUUUGAGAUAGUUUUCACUGAUAUCGGAACAUCACUAUAUCUACCGAAGAAAUCUAUUUGUCGGACAGUCGACUUUUAAAAGCAUUAAAAUUGUACCAUUUUUUAUAUCGAAAUAUUUUCGACAUCCCUAUUUUCAAAUUGUUCUGUCUUAUAUAAUCACACAUUCUACAAAACUAUUUUUUACCGACUAAGACUUGAAUUAUCAAUACGGCAGUGGUGAAAAGUUCAGAUGGAUUUAUCAAAUAUAUGCCGUGCCUGUUUGUCGCCGGAAGAUCGGGUGCAUCUGCUAGAUUGGCAUCAGCAUGUUGACUCUUUGGAUAUAUCAUACAAAGAGUGUUUUUGUAAAUGUACACAAAUUAAUUUAAGUUUGAAAGAUGAUCCAAAUGAACUCGAUGAUGCCCGGAUGCAAUAUCUAUGCCUUGAUUGUGCCCAAAAACUUAAAGACGUUUAUGAUUUUAUUGAAAAGGCGAGAAGGGCUGAUAAUGAAUUACGUUGCACACAAACGGAAAAAGUGAAGAUAGAAAGUAUAGCCAACACUUUUGAAUGGGUUCCAGUACAUGAAGAGCUAAUGGAAGUAACUAAGAUGCCAGAUACUGUAGAUAUGGAUCACGUAGAGGAUAUAAAGGUAUCACCAGAAUGGAAUGAACAUUUUAUGGAUGAUGAUGAAACAUCUCCAUCAAAUGAUAUCGAACACGAAAUAAAUAUUGAUAAAAAACUUAGUACUGACACUACAACAACAACAAAGUUUCUAGUUGAAUCGGAUAAGGAUAUGCAGAGCGGCAAUAACUUAAAUGAAGCUGGGCUGGUCUUAUCGAAAAAAAGUAAACAACUCAAUCUUGCACAUACAAGACCUAAAAACGUAAAGAAAACAAACAAAGUAAAAUCCGAGGUGAAAACAAAAAAGAAAGUCAAGGACAUGUCUGAGCCGGUGAAGUGUGAAGAAUGUGGGAAAAUAAUGAAGAGAAGCUCAUUUUUUUUUUUUUUGUGAUUUGAGUGUGAUGGCAGAGCGGUCAGCUCGCAAACGCCAGGUUAUUCCACUAGUUGGUGAAUACUUGUGUCCACCAGUCCUUGUUAGUUGAGCAGCUUAUUCCAGGUGCAGCUUUUGUUGAGCGAUGUAAUUGUCAAUCGGUGCCGUAAAUGAAACCCGUGUUGCCAACUCAGAUGUGAUAAACGCGUUCGUUUAGAAUGACGAGAUAGUUUUGUAGAUGUGUGUUUGUUUUAAAACGAAAGGUCUGUAUGACCCUAGACCGAGAUAGCGUAGAGAAGGCUGGACCGUGAAGUCGCGAGCAUUAGAGUAGGCAAAGCCUAUCAUCAAUGUAUGAUAGAAUUAAAGUUACUUAAAAAUUCAAUUGUGCUUCUUCUAUAAACUCAAUAAGUUGAAGUAUUCUGUCAAAAUUCAUACCUUGAAAAAUUUGUGAAAAAUCAUUCGAAUCUUUAAUUGCCGGAUAUUUGUCCCUGAUGUUUUUGAGAUUCUCACAGUGCAACGUGAGAUGUUCAUAGCUACUGGUGAGACCACAGCUACAUCUGUCUGAGCGAACGAUUUUUA